AAAUUUGGCAGCACUAAGCAUUGUUUUGUUAUUUUCUCAUAUUUCUUAAAAUAUUAACGAGUUUAGUGCCAAUAAAAACUGUGAAAUACUUAAUUUUGCUUAAAACAUGACACGACACGCUCGUAAUUGCACAGCCGGUGCUGUAUAUACUUAUAAUGAAAAACGCCGUGAUGCAGCUGAAUCAGGCUACGGCACCAAAGCACAACGUCUUGGAAAAGAUUCGGUUAAGUCCUUCGAUUGUUGUUCUUUAACUUUACAACCUUGUCGUAAUCCAGUAAUAACGAAAGAAGGAUAUCUUUUUGACAAGGAAGCCAUUUUGCAAUAUAUAAUUACAAAGAAAAAUGAAUACAGUCGUAAAUUGAAGGAAUUCGAACGUUUACGUCGUCUUGAGGAGACGGAAAACGCGCAGGAGUUAAAUCUAAAACAACAAAAAUGCAUUGAAAAGUUUGUAAACGCUGGUAAACCAGUCAAUGAGAGUGCCAGUGAUAAAAAAUCGGCUGACGUAAUUGCUAUAACGCCAAGCACCUCUGCGGCUGCAGUAGCUGCGGCCGGUGGCUCCAUCUCUAACAUGACUAAUGGCAAUGAAAAAAAGUUACCUAGUUUCUGGGUGCCCUCUGAGUGUCCAAACGCUGGUGCAGCAAAGGCAAAGAAACCUGAUUCAACCAUUUAUUGUCCAGUUUCCGAGAAGCCUUUAAAAGUAAAAGAUUUAAUAAAUGUAAAAUUUACACUAAUCAAGGAUGGUGAUAAUAGUCGUUCGCUAAUAGCAAAAGAAGCGCGUUACAUGUGCCCCGUAACACACGAUGUACUCAGCAAUGCUGUACCCUGUGCGGUGUUGCGUCCAACUGGGGAUGUGGUUACUAUGGAAUGCGUGGAGAAGUUAAUUAAGAAAGAUAUGAUACAUCCUUUGACGAAUCAGAAACUAUCCGAAAAAGAUAUUAUACCCUUACAGAGAGGUGGUACCGGCUAUGCUAUGACCAAUGAUAAUUUAAACGCCAAGGAAAAGCGACCAAUGUUGCAAGUUUAGAGUAUUCCUCUCUAAGUUUAGUAAUUUAGUUAUUUGUCGGUUUCGAUUUAAGAUUUUAAAUAUAUUAUGUUCAAUAAAGAAAAAUAACAGAAUCAAUAAUAA